GAAUCGGAAGGGUUUAUGAUCGGGCCGUAUAAUGACCCAUUUUGUGUAAGAGAAUGGGCCCUAAAUAAAAGGUCAAAAUCCAACAUGACUUAAUGUUGGAAAAGUUGACAAGAGAAGAGACAAAGGAAAAUGGCGUUGCGAUGACUCGUGAUGUGAGAAGAUCGAGAACGUGAACAUCUGAGGUUUGUUGUGUAGCAGAUCAGAGUGCAGAGUGAUCAUCAUUCUGUUUGAAGAAAUGACAAUGGGUGAGAGUCCCCCACCUGCACCUCCAACUGGGUUGCUUAUGAAGCGCUGCAAGUUCAUUUGGCGCCUUUUGCUGCUCUCUAACCUUGCUCUUGGAGCUUUUCUAUUUGCAAGUGCAAAACGAAGAGAUUCAGGGGAGAUUACUAGAAGAACAGCACAAAAAUCUCACAAGGGAAAAGCUAGUGUUGAAGUUCCUCCUGAACCCGUCACAAGUUCAAUUGAUUUAAAUUACGAUGAUUUCAUUUUGCCUGUCACGACACCUGAGCAAAUGCAGGCUCCUAUCCCUGAAGAACUACAACGUGAAAUUUUCCAGUGGAUGCUGGAAGAGAAAAGAAAACAGAAACCUAAGAACCCUGUNAUAAUAAAAGUAUAUUGA